UCAGAGCGAACCGGUAAUUAGUAGUAACACUAAUACCCCAACAUUUCCAACCUUGAAGAAACCAAACCCGAAAAGCGCAGAAGCCACCACCAAGCAUUGACCAUGUUCCGGCAAGCUUCACGCCACUUGGCUCGAACCCUGAGGGCUGGAGCGAGACCCUUCUCUACGGACCUCUCGGCCGCGCCCACCACGGACUCGGCCUUCGUCGAGUCGUGGAAGAAGGUCAUACCCAACAUUGAACCUCCCAAGACUCCUUCCCACUUCAUGCAACCCCGCCCGCCCACCGCCUCCUCCAUUCCUUCCAAGAUCACCGUCAACUUCGUCCUCCCCUACGCCUCCGAGCUCUCCACCAAGGAGGUUGACAUGGUCAUAGUUCCGGCAACAACUGGGCAAAUGGGUGUUUUGCCCGGACAUGUGCCUACAAUUGCAGAGCUGAAACCUGGAAUCCUAUCAGUGCAUGAAGGAAAUGACAUUACAAAGUAUUUCCUUAGCAGUGGGUUUGCUUUUAUCCAUGCUAACUCUGUUGCAGACAUAAUUGCGAUAGAGGCCGUUCCAAUCGACCAUAUUGACCCCAGCUUAGUCCAGAAGGGCCUUGCAGAGUUCACCCAGAAGCUCAGUUCGGCCACAACCGACUUGGAGAAAGCUGAAGCCCAGAUUGGUGUCGAUGUUCACAGUGCUCUCAACUUUGCCCUCUCAGGCUAAUGGGGUUAUUGACAUUUCACCUCCGCCAACGCUUUUGUAGUUCUGCUUCAGUUACUGUUUGAUCUUCCCUCUUCUAUACAUUGUUUAGAUCUGUCAAGAUAUAAUCACCAUGAUUGCCAGGAGUGAAAUAAAUAUUUUCUAGAGAUGGUCAAGAAGAUGCCUCUCCAGUUGGGAUAUUACUCUUACUUUCCUUUUGGAAUGUUCAUUUCAUUAUAAGUUGUUUGGUUUUGAUACCAUACAGAAAGGGAAGCACUCUUAUCUUGUUUUCGAGAUUUCAAAUUCUUGAAAUGAUAUUUGAAAAUUCGAAGUA